UAAUAAUAAUAAUAAUAAUGACGAGAAAGAAAGUGAACAUGGCUUUUAUUGAAAAUGAGACAGCAAGAAAAUCAACUUUCAAGAAAAGAAAAAGAGGUGUUCUGAAGAAAGCUCAUGAGUUGGCAACUCUAUGUGACAUCCCCAUCUGUGUUAUCGUCAACAGUGCGUACGAGUCGAACCCGGAGAUGUGGCCAUCGAGAGAGGCGGCUGACAAGGUUGUGUCCCAAUGGAGGAUGAUGUCGGUGAUGGACCAGACCAAGAGGAUGGUGAACCAAGAGUCCUUUCUCCAACAAAGGAUCACCAAAGCCACCGAGUCUUGGAGGAAGGCGCGGAGAGAGAACAAAGAGCUGGAGAUGAAAAACAUCAUGUUUGAUUGUCUUAGUGGCAAAACUUUGGUUUCUCGUCUCCCGAAAUGUGAUCUUCGAGAUUUUGGUUCUGUCAUUGAACAACAUCUCAAAGAUGUUAAUCGUAGGAUGGAGAUUCUGAAGAGAAAUGAUGAUGAAUCAUCUUCGUCCCUUGUUCCUAUUGAUGCCGCUACAACAUCAAGUGCCAUGCCUAUGAUUGAGAUGGGUUCUUCAUCAUCAAGUGGCAUGCCUAUGAUUGAGAUGGGUUCUUCAUCUGUUGAAUUUCAUGAAAAGAUUCGUGAUCAAAGUCAGAAUACUUUGAAUAUGAAGAACACCAAUAAGGAUUUGGAUAUGAAUAAGAAACAGUGGUGAUCAGAAUUUGAUCAUAUCUUAAGUUUUCAUUAUUUAAAUUUUCAAUAAACCUUUAUAUUUGAGUUCUGUUUGUUUUAGUUACAUGUUUGGGUUGGUCUUGACAUGUUGUUGUUUUUUUGUCAUGAAUGAAAUCUCAUUUUCUCUA